CUUAAACCAAUGCAUUCGCUCGAGCGGAGUCGUCCUGUCUGUUGACAGAGUACGAGCGUAGCAAAUAAGAUUAAAACCCACUUUUUAAGUCCUGGACUAAUUUGUUCGAAAACGUUAUAGCUACUCUCAGAGGCUUUUGGCGCUGUCUUUGUGUGGCUAACGUUCUAUGUUUGGUAUCAGAGUGGAGUAGUGUGUCCACACGGAAAGAGAGGAGGAUUCAUUCUAUUCAACCUGGGCCCCCUUCAUGCAAGUCAGGUGUACCUUCUCAAGGCCACUGCUGCAAGGGCCAUAUAUACUCAUGGAAACACUGCCGGAGGCACCAUAGGGGUGCAGUGGAUAACCAAGCUUUGAGAAUGACCUGAAGACAAGUUAAAACACAAUAAUCACCCAAAUAACUAUUGAGGGCUAGAAUGUUCAUUAAUUGUUGUGUUUAGCUUUUUUGGCUUUUUUUGUUUGCUCCGUUAAUAUAUUCUCGGAAAACCUGAGGAGUAACUAAUUGGUGGAACUCUAACCUGCCCGAACAAGUUAUUCACAGCCGUGUUGAUUUAAAAUAAUAUAUAUACCACCAACAACAACAAGAAACACCCGUGAAAAGUCUCUACGAUGGCCGCAGAAGGAUAUCAGUACAGGGCACUUUAUGAUUACAAGAAGGAGCGAGAGGAGGACAUUGACCUCCAUGUGGGGGACAUCUUAACAGUGACCAAAGGGACCCUGGUGGCCCUAGGGUACAGCGACGGCCUGGAGGAAAGGCCAGAGGACAUUGGCUGGCUGCCUGGCUUUAAUGAGACCACUCAGGAAAAGGGAGACUUUCCAGGGACAUAUGUGGAGUUCAUUGGGAAGAAGAGGAUCUCUCCUCCUACUCCCAAGCCGAGACCCCCCAGACCCUUACCCGUGGCCCCGGGCUCCUCCAAGGCUGACUCUGGUGAUGAACUAGGCUCCACCCUCCUGGACCUGACAGAGCAGUUUGCCCUCCCAGAGACGGCUCCUCCCAUGCUGGCCAGGCUGCUGGAGGCCAUCGAGAAGAAAGGUCUGGACAACCCAACACUGUACAGGACCUUCACAGCCGAUGGUGGACGGGAUGUUAGACAGUGCUUUGACACUGAUCCUCCGUCAGCAGACCUGGACCAGAUGGACCUGCAGAUGCUGUGUGACGGUCUACGUCGGUACCUGCAGGAUCUUCCCCAGCCUGUCAUCCCACCGGCCAUCUACACUCAGCUGGUCCACACCGCCCAAGAGGUGCAGAGCCCUGAGGAGUGUGCCCAGCAGCUGCGUCACAUCGCCAGCGCACCCAGCCUUCCGGCCCAGUACUGGCUCACCUUCCACUGCCUGCUGCGCCACUGGUCCCGGGUGUGCCACAACGCGCCCAAGAACCUGCUCAGCUCCCACGCCCUGGGCGAGAUCUUCAGCACCAUGCUCUUCAGACAGCAGGCUGCCAGGUGGGUGGAGGAGAGAGAGGGACUGGCCCUCACAGACAGCUGCGAGCCCAGCCCGGAUGCUCACAUCAAGAUCAUUGAGACCCUUGUGACUAGCGAAUGGACAGAAGCACAGGCGGCUCCAGCCCUACCUCCCAAGCCACCAAAACCCACUCCCCCUGCUGUCACUAACAACGGUAUGAACAACAACAUGGCGCUGCAGGACGCUGAGUGGUACUGGGGAGACAUCUCCCGCGAGGAGGUCAACGAGAAACUGAGGGACACGGCCGACGGUACGUUCUUGGUCCGUGACGCCUCCACCAAGAUGCACGGCGACUACACGCUCACGUUGAGAAAAGGGGGUAACAAUAAGCUGAUCAAGAUAUUCCACCGGGAUGGGAAAUACGGCUUCUCUGACCCCCUGACCUUCAACUCGGUGGUGGAGCUCAUCAACCACUACCGUAACGAGUCCCUGGCCCAGUACAACCCCAAGCUAGACGUGAAGCUGCAGUUUCCCGUCUCCAAACACCAGCAGGAUCAGGUGGUGAAGGAGGACAAUAUUGAUGCUGUGGGGAAGAAGCUCCAUGAGUACCAUCAGCAGUACCAGGAGAAGAAUCGAGAGUAUGACCGACUCUACGAGGAGUACACCAGGACGUCCCAGGAAAUCCAAAUGAAAAGGACAGCGAUCGAAGCCUUCAAUGAAACCAUCAAGAUAUUCGAGGAGCAAUGCCAAACGCAAGAGCGGUACAGCAAGGAGUACAUUGAGAAGUUCAGGAGGGAAGGCAAUGACAAGGAGAUCCAGAGGAUCAUGGGCAACUAUGAGAAGCUGAAGUCUCGUAUCAGUGAGAUCGUGGACAGCAAGCGGCGUCUGGAGGAGGACUUAAAGAAGCAGGCUGCUGACUACCGAGAGAUCGACAAACGGAUGAACAGCAUCAAACCCGACCUCAUCCAGCUCCGCAAGACCAGGGAUCAGUACCUCACGUGGUUGACCCAGAAGGGAGUCAGGCAGAAGAAGCUCAACGAGUGGCUAGACAUCAGAAACGAGAACACAGAAGAUCAAUACUCUAUGGUGGAUGACGAUGAGGACCUUCCCCACCACGACGAGCGUUCCUGGAAGCUGGGCAACAUCAACCGGCUUCAGGCUGAGGCCCUCCUCCGGGGGAAGAGGGACGGAACAUUCCUGGUUCGAGACAGCAGCAAGGCAGGGUGCUACGCCUGCAGUGUUGUGGUGGAAGGUGAAGUGAAGCACUGUGUCAUCAACAAGACGCCCUCAGGGUUUGGCUUCGCUGAGCCUUACAACCUGUACAGCUCGCUCAAAGAACUGGUCCUCCACUACCAGCACACGUCACUGGUCCAGCACAAUGACUCUCUGAAUGUGACACUAGCGCACCCCGUCUACGCACAGCAGAGGCGGUGAGGACCCUACCGGCCAUUCAGUCGGACAGAAACGUCUACUCAGCCUUUGUCCUCAAGGAUUUUAAAAAGCUAGGAUGUGUCUUGCCUACUAACAUAUACAUACUUUUUAUCCACAAGAGAGGAAAGGACUAAAGACAACUGCAAAACGAAGCCUGAAAACAUUUCAGCGACUGUGAACUGACUGUGAGCAGUGGCGAGAGCCUGAAUGUAGUCUUGUUACUCUCGUGCUUAUUGUGGGAGCACAGAGUCAAGGCGAAACUGCUGAACUCUCUCCCUGAGUGGAGGACAUUGGAGGCCUUUUCCUAAUGGUGCUUGUUCUUUUCAAAGCUUUACCAGCUGGAAUGUCAAAACGCAGAUAAAACUCCAGUGCAUAAUUCUUUUUUUCUACCGUUCCACCUCUUUUCCCCAUUUGUUUUUACUGUGUGUAUGUGUCUGAGAGUGUUUGAGAGUUAGUGUGUGUGUCCUUGUGACCAAAACUAACAGUAUCUGAAAGGUGUUGGGGGUGUCUAACACACCUGUGUGUUUAAGUGUUCAGUGACAGACCGUGGAUCAACUGAUAAAUGUAGCAAAAUGGCACUUUUGACAAAGUAUAAUCUUUUUAUUGAAAAAGACUCCUAUGGACUUGUUGAAUCAAAGUAGCAAAGGAGAUGACAAGGUGGCAAGAAUUCCGGACUUUUCCCUUGCUAACCAGUGCAGAGACUCAACUGUUCUCUACUGUGGAUGAGUGAAAAUAUGAACGAACUUGAAAUGGAAAUACUUAAUUAUGUAUAUAUACAGAGGAGAAUGUCAGUACAAAGCGAUGAAAACCUACCAUACCAAAAAAGCUCAGUUCCUUUUCAGUUAUAUCCUAAUAUGCUAUGCAAUUCUGUGUCUCCCUUAUUUCUGCAAAGUUGUUUUUAUUCUGUUGCAAACCCAUAAUAUAAGCUUGUUUUUAUUGCUUGAAAAAGUGUAUUUUUCCCAUGUAAAUAUCCAAGAGGAUAUUUUGUGUCAAAAUGCCAAGAUAAAAACUGCUUCAUAUUUUUUAAGAAAGUAAAUAAUAGUAACAUACUUUAUUACAAAUUUUUAUCAGCAACUGAUAAAAUAUGAGUGUUUUAUUAGUACUUUUUUGCUUCAAACUGAUAUUCCUCUCAGGCUGAGAGCCUUUUGAGUAUUUGACAGCUGCUUCAGUCACAAUAAAUAUUUCUAACAGAAUCACAUGUUCUAGAUCUUAGUCGAAAAACAAACAAUGGUAGCAUCCCAUAGCAUCCAAAGUGGCAGCCUAUUCCUUAUAGGAUACAGGGACUAGGGUGCCAUUUGAGACGUAGCCUAUGACUUAAGUAUGAGCACUCUUAGCAUGGAAUAAUGGGAAUAUGUGUUGAUUACUGCAAUCGUAAUGGUGCAUGUUGUACUCAACUUUUCAACCAUCCCUAUGGAAACAACAGUAUAGAUUUAUUUUGUUAUAUAACCUUUCCCCUUCACAAGGAGAUCAAAGCAAAUCUGUUUUUAAAUGACAAAUUGUUAUUAAAAGUAUAAAUUGGGAGACAUUUGAUCUUCCCAUAUGCUUUGUCCCUACAGUAUUUUUUCUGUAUCAGAAAAUCUUUUGAGUGUUUUAAAGGGGUGGAUCAACUCAUUUCGAAUAAUGAUUGCUUAAUAUCGUACGACUUUGUCUAUCAAUACAUAGUGGUUCUGUUACUUGGAGAAAGUACCAACAUUUUGCUGCAACCCUCUAUUAAACAGUGUCACUGCUGCAGUUUUAGUUUACACCCCUUUAUUAAAAAAUUCAAAUGUCCAUGAGUGUAAAUUAGGAUUUUAAUCUGUACUAUACUGUAAACAUGUAUCAAUGGAAAUUCACAUUGAUAGAUAUUGUAUGACCUAACAUGACAAAUAAUCUUGAUACAUUUCUUUUCAACUCCGUUAUGUCCCCAGAAUGAUAAACAUAGUAACAUUUAUAUCGAUAAAUAGAUUUUAUUUGAAUUAUAAAAUAUUAUAUUCAACUUUAGACUAUCAGCUAAAGACUUACCAUCCAAGCACAGUCAAUAAAAUAAAAUUAAAAUGGAGCACACAGCCAUGCAAUC